UUCUUUGGGGGCAACGUCCCUGACUUCCUCCCCCAGGAGGCCAGAAGCGCUCCCAAGUUGUGAUGCGCCAAGACGUCUUCGGGCGUGGCCACAUGUCCCCAGAGGAGCAGAGCCGCUCUGGGGGAGCACCUUUGGGCUCAUGAGGAUCGGGAGCACCUCUGGGCUCAUGAGGAUCGAGAACCCUUGCUGAGCCCGUUCCGGGGAGGGGGAGAUGCCCGGCGAACUAGGAAACACCCGAGCAGGUGCGUCGUGCAGGACGGAAGCAAGGGAUGCAGCAAGAGCCCUGAAGGUGCGCAGAGACCAGAGAACCCAGCACUGCAGGGCCAGACAGGAAGGGGCACGGACGAAAGCGGGGUACGCAGACUUGGGCUGGGUCCCGAAGAGGGGGCACGGAAAGGCAGGAGGAAGGGCAACUGGUGCAUCUCAGAGCUAAGCACCUGCAGGGGAAACGGAGGUGAAACAGAGAAACCUUUCCCCUCCGGCAGCGUCCUCGUCCUGACCCCACAGGCCAGCUCACGAAAGCCCUUCCGUGCACAAAGCCUCAGGAGCACCUCCACCCUUGGCACGCUCUCCCAUCGCCCCCCUGAUUGCGCACACCCUCUCUCCCUCCGCGUUUCCUGCCUCGCCUCCUUCCUCCUCAGGAGGCAUAAAAGCCACAGUCAGGCGCUGGGCCUCCAGAAAGCCCAGGAAAGCAGUGGACUCCAGUGAGGUGAGAGCAGGGCAGAGUGGGGAGGGCGAGCAAGGGGGAGGGGGGCACCCGGAGAAUCGGGACAUGCUGAUGGGGAAGGCAGGGCAGGCAUGGGCCGAAGGACAGCGAGGGGCAAAUGUGCCUGCGAACCUUGAGCCUGCGUCUCCGGUGCUCCCGGGUUUCUGGGGGGCCGUGUUUUGCCUGUGCGGUGUCCUGUCGCUUACCCACUUCCUUCAUGGCUGUCCGUCAACCAGCGCUGUCGCUUUGCUUAGAUAGACGUGUUCCAGAGUGGAGCGCCACAAAAUCGGCCAUGAACUCACAAGUGUCUGUUUUACUUUUCCACCACGUAUUUGAGGCAGGAGGACCCAGGCGUUAGUCUCUGUUCUGCACUAGAAUAUGGUGCACAUUACAGUUUGUUACAGGUCGGACAGAGGAAGACGGAUCCUGCAUGAUCUCACUCCGGGGUGGAAUCUGGAAACAGCAGCCACUCAGGGAACGAGAUCGGAGGGGGAGUUGAGCAGAGGCAGGGCUGGCCCAGCACCCGGCUGUGAGAUGCUGGCGUGCUGGGGAUGCUAGGGAUGGCCUGGUGGCCACAGGGGACACUGCCAUGUGUCUUUACAAGCUGCCUAGGAAGAGUAGAUCCUACAAGUCCUCAGUGCGAUGAGAAAGGAGCUUUCGUCGUAACUAGACGAGGUGACCAAUGUUACCCCGACUUACCGAGGAGACCCUUUCCCUAUAUUCACGGUAAGUCAUUGUGCCCAGACAGUCGCAAGGAGAUGUUUGCCGGUCGCGGCUAUGCUUACGGCUGUGUCGAAGGCGCGGGACUCUGGGCUGCGCGCGUGUGUCUGGAUUCGUCCUGAGUGUGUGUUCACUGCUUCCUGUUCCUCUGUAGAGCAGUUACACCUAAUGACACUAAAAACACAUGAACACCCUCACCACCCUCUCUUGGCAGCAUCCCGUAGCUCCCAGCGCCUACCCUGCCGGCCCUCCGAUGGCUCCCCCUGUCCGUCUGGUCCUGCUUCUUGCCAUCCUGCUCAGCCUAGUGGAGACUCCCGCCUCUGUGCCUGUCCGCCAGGGUCGAGGAGGCUGGACCCUCAACAGCGUGGGCUACCUUCUGGGUCCUGUGCUCCACCUUCCCCAGAGCGCGGACCGCGGCAGGAAGGAGAAGACAGCCCUGGAGGUCCUAGACCUGUGGAAGGCCGUUGAUGGGCUCCCCCAUCCCCGCCCUCGGCGGGCCUCCAAGAGGAGCCUGAGGGAGAACUCUGCCAAACCAGAGACUGCAGGUGAGCACGGGAAAUGUGGAGGACACAGACAGGAGCCGGGGACAGGAGCGUCCUCGCCCUCCAGGACUGACUCAACGCCCAUGCUGGCCUUGACAGCUCCUUUGCGCUCUACCCCUCCGUCUUGCCCCCACCUCCGGGCCCAACACAUGCUUCCCAGCCAGUUCCAGACGUUUCCCCACAACCUGGCACUGAUGUGAUGACCCCACUCCCAGACCUUAACCUCCCGACUAUCAGCCCCUCCAGCUUUAGCUGCAACACUGACCGCAGAGCCUCACUCCCAGCUCCGACCUCCGUUUUUAUUUGCAGCCUUGGAACUCUCUCUGGACCCUGUGCCCAUCUCGACUCAUGCUCAAGCACGUUCUUCUACUCCCGUUCUCAAUUCUGGCUUUCUUAGAACACCGGGUCCCCUCCACUCAGCUGAUGCCUUAGUCUAGAACGUUCUGUUUCUAGAGCUUUGCACGGCGAGAUCCUUCACAUCAUCCAGAAAUUAUUUAGCCGGCUCCUGCACUGCUGCCCCUGACCAUUUCCCUGACACGAACCUCCUGUUCCUCUGUUUUUGUCAUCCUGUCUGAUUCUCGUCCUGACGUCUGUCCGCAAGUGUGUCUUCUCUGCAUCCUGUGCUCCGCUCGUUGUCUGUCUGCUCCAGAGAAUCCAAGCUCCACGUGUUAGGGACCUUCUACGCCUGGCUCCCUGCCUACACACAAGGAAUGAUGCAUAGUAGGUGCGUGGAAAACAUGCUGAAGGCACGAAUCGAACUAUCCAAGGCAGGCUUCCCACCCAGCCAUGACCUCAGUCCGUUUAGCUCGCCUUCCUCUGGCUGCAUCUUUACCCCAAUUCCCUGUCCUUUAGUUUAACCCUGUUUUUGGAAACGAACACCAGGCUUUCAUUCCAGCACCACUAACCCAUCUGGAAAGCACAGACUGGCCAUCAGCCAGUGUUGGAUGUGACACACACCAACCUUAGCUACCCUCCCAGCUCUUGAAAACGCCCAUCUCCACCACGUGCCUAAAUGGGAUGGAAAAGGGAAAUGUGUGGGUAGAUGAAAAGGAAGGGAGGGAGAGCGAGAAGGAAAGAGAGAGAGAGAACGGGAAAUGGAAUUGAACAUUGGACGAACCAAAGCUGUCUUCCUCUCCGGUUUCGUUCCCAGCCUGGGCUGGUUUGGAUGGUGGCGGCGAGUUUAACCAUUCCAAAUUCGCUUCUU